GAAGCAUGGGGAAUAAAAUAAUAGCUUAGCCCCUAAAAGUGAACAGAGCGGGUGACUGACAAAGCAAUUUCUGGAACAAAAUUACCACAAAUGCCCUGGAAAGAAAUGUCUAAGAAGGAUAUAUUUCAUGUAACAGAAACAACCUUUAGGGAGCCAAGCCUUUAAAAGCCAACCUCAAGCCAACGAAUAAUACCUGGAAACACAGAAGUAGAAGUUUUAACCCUGACAAAAAUGGUUCCAAGUCAUUCUAGCCACCGUAUUUUGUGGCAGUUGCAAGAUCAGAACCAUCUUCCAGUGCGGCCCAUGGACAGCAUGUAUUCUGUCUCCCAGAUGGGUCAUAACCCUCUGGAACAGGAAUAUGGAAAUGGCCUGUAGACAGCUGGGCAACAAGUGAGCAGGGCAGAUGGCUCGAAUUCGACACUUCCUGAAACAGCUGAUGGCGGAUAACGCCGUCUGUUAACCACAGCCUCUCUUCGGAAGAAUGAAAAACCUCUCUCGCCAUCUCCUUCCUUUUCCUAGAGAGUCAGGAUUCAAUCCAGAGAAGGGGAGGUGCCCGAACUUGAUAAGUGAGCCAGAGGUCAAAAGUGCUUCUCAAAUGGGCACGUGCUUUCAUGUCCAACAGAUGAUCUGUACUUCCCAGGUGAUGCUCCACUCUUCUUUCCCUCAGGCUGCUCUGAUUGUGACCAACAAGCGGUUUUAUUAUGCUUGUGCAGGUUACACCAGAUAUGAUCGUGUGCAUCUUAGAAGUCCAAAGGAACAGCAAGAUGUCAGACUAACAGUUGUCCUUGACAGGGCCAGUCCAGAAAAUCAUGCAGUCAUCUGGGCACAGGUUGCGUGAAGUUGAACAUCAUCCGCUGCUUGCUGAAAAUGACUGCUACGACUCAUCGUCUUCCGAGUGUGACCCGGGAGACCGUGUCUGGUUCAUCCGCGACAGCUGCGGCAUGGUCUGCGCAGUGAUGACCUGGCUUCUGGUUGUCUACGCGGAUUUUGUGGUCACCUUCGUCAUGUUGCUGCCUUCCAAAGACUUCUGGUACUCCCUGGUCAACGGGGUCCUCUUCAACUGCUUGGCUGUGCUUGCUUUGUCUUCUCACCUAAGAACAAUGCUGACGGAUCCAGGUGCUGUCCCCAAAGGAAAUGCUACAAAAGAAUACAUGGAGAGUUUGCAGCUGAAACCAGGUGAAGUCAUCUACAAGUGCCCCAAAUGUUGCAGCGUGAAGCCAGAACGUGCCCAUCACUGCAGUAUUUGCAAACGAUGUAUUCGGAAGAUGGAUCAUCACUGUCCAUGGGUUAAUAACUGUGUGGGGGAAAGGAACCAGAGGUUUUUUGUGCUUUUUACUAUGUACAUAGCUCUAAUUUCAUCUCAUGCUCUUAUCCUGUGUGGAUUUCAGUUCUUUUCCUGUGUCCGAGGUCAGUGGAUUGAAUGCAGUGACUUUUCCCCGCCUGUGACUGUGAUCCUGCUGAUUUUCUUGUGCCUUGAAGGGUUUCUGUUUCUCAUGUUCACGGCCGUGAUGUUUGGCACUCAGAUCCAUUCAAUAUGCAAUGAUGAAACGGAGAUUGAAAGGCUGAAGAGCGAGAAGCCCACAUGGGAGCGGAGGCUGCGCUGGGAAGGAAUGAAAUCCGUCUUUGGGGGCCAACCUUCUCUGCUGUGGAUAAACCCUUUCACUGGAUUCCGAAUCCGACGGCUGAUGCUGAGGGCAAAGAAGGGAGCGCCCGAAUUUUCUGUUUGAGCCUGCCCAAUCACGCUGAAACUCAAAAAAUUCGUCUGUUGUGUUUAUUGGGCACCCAGGGGGCGGGGUGGGGAGACGCUGCCCACUUGCAACCUGUGACCAACGGAGUUUAACAAAUUUACGAAACAUGUUGCUUGUAGCAAGCAGAGUUUUAUACCUUUAUAACCCCAGACGUCUCGCGCGCAGGAGCGUAACCGGAAUGUUUCCACGCCUGGCUUUUGAGCAAGCCCAACAGAGCAAACGAGAACAACCGAGGGAAGCAGGCAGCUCCCCCAAGGAAGCCAAAAUACCAUCUCAACUACCGUAACGUGAUUUUACAGGACUGGUCAUGCAUUUUCAUUUUUGCCAGAUCUCUUUGUUGAGGGGCGUGUGGGGUUUUUGAUGUUCUUUUUUCCUUUUCUUUUUUUAAACAGUUGAUUUCUGCUCUUUUUUUUAAAUGACUGUGUCUGGAGCCACAAUUGUCAAUUGUGAGACAGGGAUAAAUGCUGGAAACUGCUAGCCAAAAACGAUCUCUGA